AUGUCCGCAAAUGUGGUAAUCUUACUUAUCAAGUUGUCAACGAAAUCACUUGCCGUCCGUUCUGUUGGUUCAUUUCUAAUAGGAUUUUCGCUUCUUGCUGUUCAGGUGUGCGCUUUCAAUCGAACUGUAUCAAAAGUAGACGAAUUCCUAGCAAAUGAAGCCCGAAACACAAAAGUCAUUGGAGCUCACUCCAUAGAAGAAAUGUGCAGGAAAUUGAAGAAACCACGUCGAGUUAUGAUGCUUGUUAAAGCUGGUUUACCAGUGGACUCGAUGAUUGAGUCUAUCGUGCCUCAUUUGGAUUCUGGGGACAUUAUUAUUGAUGGCGGAAAUUCGGAGUACACUGACACUAACGUAAGUUUGCAGUUCUGUUCAUAA